AUGUCGAUGGAGAGCCCUCUCGUGUGCAAGGCAGCCAACAACUCUCAUCCGACGUUCGGUGAUCUGGCAGUUAUUUACCCGAAGCCUCGCGUCAUCACGGUUGUUUCAAAGGAGAAAGGAGGAACGCUCUGGGCGCUGGAUCGGAUUGCUUACCGCUCGAGCUUGAUGCGUGGUCGACCGCUGCAAGAGAUGCGCACUGUGGUCUUCGAACCAAACCAAGUGGGUUUGCACGAGGGAAUGACGGAGCCGGGCUUCUUUCUGAUCAUCAGUGGCCGCAUCGAAUCGACCUCAAAGAUGGACAAUGUGGUGUCUCUGGAGCUCAAGACGCUCGACUACUUUGGUGAAAUUGCGCUGGUUCGAAGACGUUCGAUCAGACAACGUUCCAUUCGUGCUAUUGAGAGCACUGAGUGUCUGUUCAUUCGAAAGGACGCAUUGGAACUGGCUGUGGGCAACCUGCCUUCAAUUUUGGAGAAGAACAAACUGCGUCGUGCACGCAAGACACGGAUCUUGGAGGCACAGAAGGAGGCAAAGGUGUUGUAUGGAUAG